UGUUGUAAAAGCUGAAGAGAAUGGAGCAAGGACUUGUUGAUGAUAUAAUCAAUCGGCUAUUAAACUUUCGGGACAGACCCGGAAAGUACAUUCCAUUAUUGGAGUUUGAGAUUUGGCAACUGUGUUUGGUUUCUAGUGGGAUUUUCCUGGAACAGCCUACUUUGUUAGAGCUUAAAACACCCAUCAAGAUUUGUGGCGACAUCCAUGGUCAAUUUUCUGAUCUCUUAAGGCUUUUUGAGAACGGUGGUUAUCCUCCAACAGCUAACUACUUAUUUCUGGGCGAUUAUGUGGACCGUGGCGAGCAAGGAAUCGAGACAAUGUGUCUUCUUCUUGCCUACAAGAUAAAAUAUCCUGACAAAAACUAG